UAUUCAACAAUCUUUAUUUUCUUACUUUAAGGCACUCUACUUUUUGCUGUCUCUCAUUCAUUGUCUGUGCCUCUCUCUCUAUCUCUCUUGUGGUAUUUCUCUCUUUAUUUAUCCCUCAUGGUCUCUCUGUCCUGCUGGAGAACUAUAACUAUCCCUCAGCCUGUCUUAGAGCUUAGCUAAAAUCCGAGUGUUCAGGAGACCCCAUCACACUGGCUCAGCACAGCUCAUGUCUGCAGAAUUGAUAAUGUUGUGCUGUUAAGGCUACUUUCAAAAAAACUGGGAUUGUUUUUAAAAUGUUAAAAUUUUUGUUGAUAAAAAUGCUUCCUAAACGGUUGACACCAAAUUAUGGCAAAAAAAAUUAUACGGCAACACAAAACCAUUAUAAAUGAUAAGGAAAGGACAAAAGAGUUAAGAGUAUUGGAAAGAUCAAACAUAUUAUUUUCAUAAUGGAGUUCCUCAAUAAAUGAGGUUGAAAGGGAACUGAGUCAGCACUGAAUGAGCCAAGGCUGUUUCGACACCCAGGCCCUGAUCCAGGGCGGAAGACUGCUGCUAACUAGUUUGGUUGAUGUUUUGAUGUUGGCCUAACAUCAAUGGUUAUGGGCAUCAGUGAUCAACUUUUGUUUCUGUGUUUAUUUAUUUUUUACUAAAAAAGAAGGGAUGAAGCAAAAAUCGAUCAGUCAUUAAAUAUAAAUGACGUUGUUUUGAGAUUUAAAACUGUAAUUGUAAAAAAAAAUCCCAGUAGAAAGAAUUCCUGCAAAAGUGCUGACAAAUGUGAUUGAACAAAAAAAACUCAGCAGUUGCAGGAACUGAAAAUAAAAGCUUCAACGUUUCCUCUGCCGUCUUACACAACGUCUGAAACCCUGGCAGAGAACACAAGAUGAAGCGUCUACUCACAGUGGUUCUGCUGACCGUGUGUGCUGCAGCACCUGAAGAUCUCAUCGGCAAAAUGUUCACCUUUCCACAGGAGACUAAAACGGACCAUGUAAAGCUGAUCACACCAAGAGAAGAAUUCAAAGCCAUUACUCUCUGUCUCAGGUCCUUCACAAACCUCAGCAGAAACCACGGCCUGUUCUCUCUGGCAACUCCCGCCUUUUCCAAUGCCUUCCUGAUCUUUAAGGAGAGUGCCUCAGAUCAGAUAGAGAUGAACAUCAGGAAUAAAGGCAUAAGCUUCUUCGGAGAGGAAUACAAGCUGAACACCUGGCAGUCUGUCUGUACGUCCUGGGAUGGAGCUAAUGGCCUGGUACAGAUUUGGAUCGAUGGAAAGCCUAGUGCCAGAAGAUACUGUUCUCAUGGAACCAUAAAGGGACACGCUUUGAUCAUGUUAGGACAGGAGCAGGAUUCCUAUGGCGGCGGAUUUGACCCUCAGCAGUCCUUCGUCGGCAUGACAACGGACGUCCAUAUGUGGGACUUUGUCCUCUCUCCCUGUGAGAUCCAGCGCUUCGUGGGUGACCUUAACUUCUCCCCAGGCAAUGUGAUUAACUGGAGAGCCCUUGAGUACCAGAUUGUAGGGGAAAUUAUUGUGGAAAACAUACAGGGCGCGUGUUCAUGUCUAAUUAAAAAGAAGGUGUAUAAUAUGUUUGGUCAGUCCUGUCAGGCUUGAGGGAUAUUAACCAAACGUGUCGGCAAUCAAUGUAAAAUGAUUGUUCAUGACAUGGUAUUGAUAUAAAUAAGGGGUAAACUAUUCAGUCACCAAGCCCGCAGAGUUCGGGAGGGAAAUACGAAAUGUUAACAAACUUUCACUGAUUAGGAAAAACAAAGAAUGCAACUAUACCAUUGAUUGAUUUUGAGACUGUUAUGGUGGAAUUAGAAGAAUGCCUUUUUAGAAAACUGCAUUAACUUGCUUUUAGGCCAUGUUCUGAGGGUGAUUUUCCCAAAACAGUGUUUUUUUAUCUGGUAAAAAUAUAUUAGAUAUCUAGGCAAGGCACUUUAUUUGGACUAUACCCAGUGUCUGUUCUGCCACGGUGGUGUACUAGUUUAAAGAUGCAGACUUACGGGGCCAACUUUAUGCACAGAAGCAGGCCAUUUGUCCUGGCUGAGCACAGAUAUUUCCGAUGGGGUUACGUUAAACAUCAUAGUGGUUCGUGGAAGCCCAUCUCCAGGUGUAUCAGUGUCUGCCUUACGUCUGGUUCCAGUCUUUCCCUGUGGAAACUGUCAAGCGAGAGACAGCUCUUCAACUUGGUGUGAAUUUGGUAGUUUGGAAUUCGGUAUCAUAGUUCCAAUGUUAUUUAUUGUAAAUUGUUUGUCCAUAACAAUUAUUGUGCCCCCUAGUGGUAUGAAAUUGGCCUUCACCUGUUUUUCUAAAUUGUCAUUUAGUGUAGGAUCUGAACUCCCUUCCCUUAGCCUCUCAAUCAAAUGGUCUCAGCAACACAUCAUGUAUGUCCUUGCAUUCAAUCCCCUCUUCUAGUAUUUAUAUUUUACCCUAUAUACAUAUUGAAUUAAUUAAUUGUACGACUUGAACAUUCUGCUUCAUGCUAAAACUAAGUUAACAAAAAUAAUUCAGAUCAAUCCCUGCAAUUAAAGAAUUCAGCUUAAAAAAGAGUGUCAAAAUACAAACCCAGCCAUAAUCCAUGCUCUGUAAAAUCCACCUACUGUCACAAUACCUCUGGCAAUGACUUCCUUACACCGCAAGACUUAACUUUUUGUUGUUUAUUUCCUUAAUGCAGUGUUGAUCACCUGAAGUAGGGUCGCCUGUAAAUGGCAGUUAAUUUCAUCUAGAAGUUAUGCCACUUUACUUUUUGUACUUUUAUUUGAGGAGCACCACUCUUAUUUUGUUACUUCCUGUUAUUGAAGACGUUAGACUUCCUGCUCCCGUCUCGGCAAAAACCAAAUGCUCACGAUGCUACAGAGUUGGUAAAACAUGCAAACGAACUAUUUACAAACAUGUCGUAUCCUGUGUUAAAACUUGUAAAAGGUUAUUUAAUUGUGGUUUGCUUCGUGUUUUUUGGGUCAUUGUAUUUCUCGUGUAAGGACUGUUACCGCGAGGUGUGUGUGUGGAAGACGGACUGCUAGCAGGCUGAGCUUAAACUUAGCGCCCUUGGAGGCAGAGGGAGGUAGUAGCAGCCUAAUGGUGUAUUUAUUGUAAAAAGAGUGGUUCAUUUAUUCAAAACUGAGAGAAACUGUCAUUAUUUUAUUGAGCUGCAACUCACAGCGAGCUGCAACUCACAGCGGUUUAAAAACUGUAGUUCCAUGUAAAAUUCAUUGCUUAAGUUUACUAAAAAAUGUAAUGUUUAAGUAAAAAAUGUGAACAUUUCUAUGUAUUAUUUACUGAAAUCUGGUACUAUGGCAUUUUAAUUUCUGUCAAUUUUCAUAGUUCUCACAGUGUCAGAAGGUGUUAAAAUGCCAGUGGCGAAAGGAGGAGAGAAUUAAAGUCGAACACCAGUCGAAGCUCUCUGCAUCCUGUGUGGUAAUUCCAAGAGUGCAGUUACAGUGAAAACUUCAAGGCUGCAAAAGACCUGCCAUCCCUACAGAGAAGCUGAUGCCACCUCAUCUGAGAUCCAGCUACCAACCUGUUACCAGCCAGCUGACUCCGCUCACACCCACAUUCUGCUCAGGCAAGAUUAAAAAGGGCAGCACACUAAAUGUACAACUACGGAUGCUGAAAAAGAGACAUUAAGCGUCACAGAGCCAAAUGGGAUUAUUUACAUACAAGCUUAAAGCGUAACUAAAGCGCUUUACAUACUUACAUAUCACAUUUUGAGGUCAAAAUAACAAGUGAGUUAAUUUUCAAUUCUUAACAGUUCUGAAAUUGAUAUAUAUUUCAAGACAAGUGGUACAUGUGUUUAUGGAGUAAUAAUUAAUGAUAUGUCUGUUUAUGAAAGGGUUAAAAGGGUGAAGCUCUUUAGCUAUCGAUGUCUACAGUGCUCAUUUAUGACAUUUUUUGUUACUGUUUUAUGCAAAAAAAUCCAGGUGAAUGUCCAUAAUCUGUAAAUGCAAGUAUUACUCUGUGGUAAAAGAUAGCUACAGCUUAUAAGUAUGGAUUCAAGCAUAGGGCAAUCAAAGGCUACAGAAGAAACAGACAAUCCCACAGACACGCCACUCAGGUCUAGAUCACCUGAGAGAAAGCUAACAGAAAAAGGCCAAGAGAAGCAUAACCCUCUGCUCAGUAGAAGACCUCAAAAAAUGACAGCAAGAUAUUGAAACAAAGCGCAACGCCGUAUGACAGCAAUAUGAACCUAUCCUACGUAACAGUAACACCACAGCUGAGAUUGCCAACAAAAUGGACGCCUGUGUUACGUUAACAAAGGAAAUCUGUGGUCUUAUAAGUAACCGUCUAGACACUAUUAAUUAAUUUUGACAGCACGUCUGCAGUCUCCGAUGAGACAGAUGCACAAGAAUUUCAAACUUCAAAUGGCUCAGUUUAUGGCCAAAUAAUAUGGCCUAAGUCACACAUGGAAUAAGGUUUUCUUCCAGAGUCCUUAAAUACAUUUCGGCAAAGAAAACUUAACACACACAUGAUAUGCGGUAACUGUGGUUCUAUUUAAUGAUAUACGCAAUACAUUAUAAACAUCGUUUUUUAUCAGUAUUGUAUGCAUUAUCGUUAUCGACUUGUGUUCCUAAUAUGCAUGUGUCCCCCCGUUAGUAAACAUUGCCAUGGACUGCAUUAUGCGUUACGUGUUUAGUUUGCGUGCGUUUAAACAGAUGGAUGCACACACUCGCGCCCACAUUCAUUACUUAUUUUACACAUACACAUUACUGUGGCCUCAUCUCAGAAGCUUGGCAGAUAAUUGACCACCCCUCCAAGACUGUGAUGUAGGGCUCCUAAUCGGAUACGACUGACAAGCAGCACUAGCUCCUCGUGAAGUAAUCUUAGGUGAUGAAAACCAACCAUUUGCACAGAGAUCAGAACUAGGAUGGAGUAUAGUAGGCUCAUCAAACCCCAACUUAGACAGACAAGGAAGUCAGAGCUUUGUGCAUCGACUCACAGUAAAAUAACUGCCAUUUCCAUCGGCGACAGAUGUUCCAAAGGCCCUGGAAUCAGACUUUAUUGAGAGAACUUAUGAGGAUAAAUAUGUGUCCCAAGAAGAUGUUCAUUUCAUACAGUUCCUCAGUAACAAAAUCACACAGAAGGAGGACGGGCAUUAUGAAAUGCCUCUCCCCCAAAGGCAACAGUCCGCCCAACCUGCCAAACAACAAAAGGUUAGCCACGGUUCGCCUGCAGUGUCUCAAGAAAAAAAUAAAGGCCAGCAAACAAUAUUGUGAUCAAUACAAAACAUUCAUGGAAGAAACCAUUAACAAAGGUGAUGCAGAGCCUGCCCCUUGGACAUCAGAGGGACAGACAGAGUGGUACCUGCCGCAUCAUGGCAUCUAUCACCCCAGAAAACCAGAUAAGUUGAGUCGUUUUUGACUGUUCGGCCAAAUGACAUGGUGUUUCUCUAAACGACACUAUGCUAACUGGUUCUGAUCUAAUCAAUCCUCUGGUAGGAGUAAUUUGCAGAUUCAGGAAGAAAGCUGUAGCCACCAUCUGUGACAUUGAAAGAACGUUUUAUCAAUUCUGUUACUCCAGAAUCCAGAAAUUAUCUGAAAUUCCUCUAGUGAAAGGUGGUGAUCUGGAGAAGGAACCUCAGGAGUACAGGAUGGCGGUUAAUCUCUUCGGAGACGCUUCGUCUCCAGGAUGAGCCAAUUUUGGUUUAAAGCAUCUAGCAUGACAACACAAAACUGACUAUCCCAUGGCUUCAACAUUCGUGGAGAAAAACGAUUACAUUGAUGAUGGUUAGGUCAGCGUUUCAUCAGUCGGAAGAAGCCACUGAGUCGCAAGAGUUGUGCAAAAGAGGAGGCCUAAGCCUUCACAAAUUCAACUCAAAUGAAGAAGCAGUGCUCUCUUGUCUAGAUCCCUAUGGAAGAGCAGCAGACAUUGAGCCUCUAGGUUUUGAUCCAACCCCAUCAGAACGUGCUCGGCAUUCAAUGGUCGAUAAAGGAUGACACUUUCAGCUUUAACAUCAGCUUGAAAGAUCAGCCUUCAACUCGUCAUGGUUUUUUGUCUGUCAUCGCCUCUCUCUACGAUACACUCGGAUUCAUUGCUCCAUUCAGCCUAGGUGGAAAACGUAUCCUUCAAGAGCUUUGUCACAGAGGCAUCGGAUGGGAUGACCCACUCUCAGAAGAUGUAAAGCCACGGUGGGAAGAAUAGAUUAAUGGUCUUCUCAAGUUGAAAGAGGUCUCAAUUCUAAGGUGUUACCGCCCACAUGACUUUCAUAACAUUGUCAGUGUAGAGCUACACCAUUUUUCAGACGCCAGUUGUGUAGGAUAUGGUGCAUGUUUUUACCUCAGUUACAAAAAUGACAAGAAUGAAGUCCAUUGCAGUCUUGUGAUAGCAAAGGCAAGGGUCGCAUCCUCAAAGGUCACAAGUAUCUCAAGACUUGAACUCGCAGCAGCGGUGGUUUCUGCAAAAGUAAGCGUCAUGUUAAAGGGUGAGCUUGACAUGAAAAUUGAUCAAGAAUUUUUGUGGACUGAUUCGCAAGUUAUGCUUGGGUACAUCAACAAUGAUGCCCGUAGGUUCCACAUAUUUGUUGCAAACCGUGUUCAGCUGAUUAGAAAUAAUAGUAAUCCCAGUCAGUGGUAUUAUGUGGAUACCUCAGGAAACCCGGCAUAUCAGGCAUCCCGAAGUCUUAAUGCUUCAGACCAUAGACCGCGGAACGUGUUUGAACAAGGGGGGGCCACAAUCGCAAGAGGGGGUCACCAACAUUUUAGGUCCGACAUUAUCCAUAGCCAAGGCUAUGCACGGCAUACGAGGACACGCACGUAAUGCCAUCAGUCACGUCAGCCAGCACAGAACAGCGCAGAAUAAAAUGCACAAGAAAGG